GCUUUGCAUAUCGCUUUCAUGAUCCUGGGGGAGCGAGUCUGAACAUCCGCGUCGACAUUUCUCAUGUAACGGCUGAUGGUCAUGAGCUAUAGUUGCGACUUCUUUCACGAAAAAGUUCUCCGACCGUAGGCUCACCCACUGCUUCAGCAAAUUCCAAUUUGAAUACUCUGAAUUUUUCAGAUUUACUUUACGACUCCAAGUCGUCGGGGGACCUCCUCACAUCCCGUCCCGUUCAUCGGUUCGGGUCACAUCCAUAACCGCCCAUGCUGCCGUCAAUACGACCGCCCAUCCGGGCUUCUUCCUCAGUACUCUCUCUCCUCACCGGUCCAGCAAUACGCACCACCACGUCCUCACAGGCUACAUGUCGACUCACCUUCCAACAACGGACACUUUCCCAGGGGCACAAUGUCGUCGACCAAACGCCACCUCCCAACCCUGGUUCAACAUCGGCCGGCUCCGGGAUAAAUUAUAAUUUACCUCCGUUAUCAUUCUCUUCACAUGAUCAACAUCAGCACUCCCAAGAAGACCACCAACAACAUCACCACCACCUACCACCACCCCCUCAAGGCUUCUUUUCCCGCCUCCUCCACGCACUCCGCACCCACCCCGUCACCCUCCUCCUUUCCUCCCGGCUCCAGCACUUUGACCAAGUUCUCGGCUCCCCCUACCACCGCCUCCUCUCCCACCCCUUUCGGAUGCUCUUCUCCACCUUCAAGCUGCUCGCUUUCACCCACCUCUUCCUCGAACACGUCCUCUCCAUGGCGCCGGCCUCCGGCCCCUCUAUGCUCCCCACCUUUGAAGUGGUGGGCGAGUGGCUCGUUGUCUCGCGGUUCCAUAAAUAUGGGAACGGAGUGAAGGUGGGCGAUCUGGUGGUUUAUCAGAUUCCUGUUAGUACGAGUGGGGAGUUGGGGGUGAAGAGGAUCAUGGGGAUGCCAGGGGAUUACGUGUUGGUUGAUACGCCGAUGGCGGGUGGAGGGACUGUGGAGGGGGAGGUGUUGGGGGACAGGGGCGGGCCCGGGGAGGGGGAUGAGGUUAUGAUUCAGGUAUGUUUUGGACUCUAUUCUUGGUGA